AUGUCUGCAGGUCAGCAAGAAAAGUCAUCCAGCUUUGAGGAACUAGAUCAUAGUCUAGAGAAGAAGUCGGAAGAUAAUGCGGAUGUGCAAUCGAUUAGUCAUAAUGUUAUCAGCUCUAGGGAUGCCGAUGCCACUCUCAAGUUCAUGGAGGAGAAUGAUUCAGAGGUUCCGGAAGCCGCACCUGAGGAGGAGAAAAAGCUAGCACUUAAGACUACAGUUAUUACGCUUCUUCUUACAUGUACAACUGAUCUUUUACUUUACUCUGAUAAGGCUACGCUAUCAUAUGCAAGUAUUUUUGAGUUAUGGGAAGACACUGGUCUUAACCAGACAAGAUACAAUAAUUCAAACACUCUAUUUUAUGUUGGAUACAUUAUAGGUCAGAUUAAUCUCCUUUUGGUCGAGAAACUUCCUGUUGGAAAGCUUUUGACGGGAAUUAUAUUCCUAUGGAGUGCUAUUAUUUUCCUCCAUUGUACGGCAUAUAAUUAUCAAGGAAUUUAUGCACUAAGAUUUUUCUUGGGUUUCCUUGAAAGUGUCGUUGUCCCAAUUCUUAAUAUUACUCUAGCCCAGUUCAUGACAACUAAAGAAAAGGCAGCCACUGCUCCUGUCUUCUAUUCCACAUGCCUUGGUGUUACAAUUCCAGUUGGUUUCAUAGCUUACGGUGUUUUGCAUGCAAACGUUUCUAUUCCAAUUUGGAAGCUCUUCAUGAUCAUUAUUGGUUCUUGUACUUUUGCCUGGGGUAUAGUGGUCUUUUUCGUGUACCCAGAUAACCCUACAAAUGCUAAAUUCUUAUCUACGAAAGAGAAGGUUUGGGUCAUUAGAAGGGUUCAAAAAAGUACAAAAUCCUCUAUUGAGCAGAAGGUGUUCAAGAGGUACCAAGCAAUUGAAGCACUAAAGGAUCCAAUCAGUUGGUUGUUUGGUCUUUUCUUUCUCUUACAGCAGUUAGCCAACAACUUGCCUUAUCAACAGAAUCUAUUAUUUGAGGGUAUUGGUAACAUAAAUAAUCUUGACACUACUUUAGUUUCUGCCGCAAGUGGUGGCUUUGCUGCUAUCUGUGCAUUUAUUGCAACAGGUAUAAUGUACUUCAAGUCUGAUAUCACCGCCUUCUCCGUUGUGUUUUGGACGGCACCAUGCUUUGCGGCAUCAAUUGCUGUUGUUUCCCUUCCAUGGGAUGAUAAAAUAGCUCUCUUGGCAAUGCUAUGUCUUGCCUCUCCAUUAUUUGGUAUUCCAUGGAUUUUGAUGUUUUCCUGGAACACAACAACUUGUUCCGGUUACACUAAAAAGCUCGUUCGAAAUGCAAUAGUGAUGGUAUUCUAUAGUAUCGCCAACUUAAUCUCUCCACAGCUCUGGCAGGAGAGAGAUGGUCCUCGUUACGUUCCUGCAUGGAUUGUUCAAAUAGUCCUUUCCUUUUUUGUCGCUCCGAUGAUUGCUCUUGUGAUCUACUUUAUUCUCAGGAAGAGGAACAUAAAGAGAAGGGCCGCAUUGGAGGAAAAGUCGAGUUAUUCCGUUGGUUUUGUUGAGGAAGACGGCGUUAAGAGGGAAGUUAAUAAAGCUGCAUUAGAUUUGACAGAUCUUGAAAAUGAGGAGUUUAUAUACCCUCUAUGA